AUGAUACGUUGCAUGUGUCGACCCACUACAUGGGCCUGCAAGGGCCCCGACCGCAGUAAGCUGUGCAGACGAUGCGGAGCCGAAGGCCAUCAGUCGAAAGGCUGUACAGCUAAGCAACUGCUCUUCCAGACGGUGGCCGAGAAGAAGUGUGAUAUAGCGCUUCUAUCGGAACCCUAUCGGAUUCCAGAGGGGAAUCGGAAUUGGUUGAGCGACCCACCCAAGGCUGCGGCAAUUUGGGUGACGGGUCAGUUCCCAAUACAGGAGCUAGUUGCAGCAGAGGAGGGCUUCGUGAUCGCUAAGGUUAACGGAGUCUUCUACUGCAGUUGCUAUGCCCCACCGAGGGAUCUAGCCAACAAGGGAUCUGUGAGCACGUUCCGUAGGAACGGAGUCUCGUCGAUUGUUGACGUUACUUUCUGUAGUCCCAGCCUUCUGGCAAGCAUGGACUGGAAAGUGGACGAGGGCCACACUCACAGCGAUCGUCAAGCGGUAACGUUUCGGAUCUGCCGUGCGGCCCCACGUCCUGCACAACCGCCACCUCACCAAGUGUGCCGGUGGAAGACAUCGACCAUGACAAGUGAGGUCUUUGUCGAAGCGCUAAGAAGAGAAAAAGCCACUCGGGACAUUCUAGAACUCGACUGCGACGGACUAAUGACCAUACUAGUGGGCGCCUGUGAUGCAGCAAUGCCGAGGCAAGCAAAGCCACGAAACGCGCGGACCCCAGUUUACUGGUGGAAUGACGAUAUAGCGGCCAUCCGGGCCCGGAGGAAACUCCAACGAGCUCGCUUCGACGAGCAGAGGGAAGCUAGGCGGGUGGUCUACAAAAUCGCCAAAGCCACCUUAUGCAAGGCAAUUAAGGAGAGCAAGAGGAACUGCUUCGGCAACCUCUGCCAGGAAGCCAACAAUGCACCAUGGGGUAACGCCUAUCGGAUUGUUAUGGCAAAGCUAAAGAGUGGCGCGGUUGCCAUUGAUCGUUCACCUGAAAUGAUGUCACGAAUCAUCGACGGGUUGUUCCCCCACCACGAGGUUGAGCCCUGGCCUACGACCCCCUAUUACCAAGAGGGGUUGACGGAAGAUGAAUCCAGCAUCAUGAACGAGGAACUCAUCAAAGCCGCAUCAGCCCUCAAGGCGCAUAAGGCACCGGGCCCGAUGGGAUCCCCAACCAGGUCCUUAAACUGGCGAUAG